CACGUUAUCCCGAGAAAAGAAGACUGAAGGUUUGCUGCUGAGAUAAAUAUGAAGGGGCUGCAUAAACUGACAGCAUCAGGGCUGGCACUGUUCCUGGCAGCAUCCUUUGUUGUGUUCUCCUGGAGUGCCCCUCAGGCUCAUUUCCAAAGGAGAAACUGGACUCCUCAGGCCAUGCUCUAUUUGAAGGGUGCACAGGGACGUCGGUUCAUCCCAGAGGAGAGCCAGAGGAAGGAUCUGUACGACAGGAUGCAGCUUGAAACACGAAGCCAAAACACAAAUCCUUUAUCUCUUUCUGAAGCUGCUGCACUGUUCCUUAGUUCCUUACAGAAAGCAAAAGAAGGUAAAUGCAUGUUUUGUCUUACUCUGACCUUUUUAAAAAGGAGUUUUUCAGCAUUUCAUUUACUAACAACUUAGUAAAUUGAUCUAGUUUGGAUUGAGAUGGUGUUCUACAGAGUGCAUUGUGUUACAUUUGCACAGAUUAGAACAAGAGUCACAUAAAUGACAACAGGUAUAUUUUUUUAUAUUCUGCUUUUAAUUUACUUUUCAGAUUUUUUGCUGGUUUAAAUGGCUAAUUUGGAUAAUUUGGGAAUGGCUAAUUUGAAUUGAAUUUUCCAAGCCAAAUCUUUACUGGGACUCCUUUUUCUUCAGAAUGUUGUUUGCUUUUAAAAUUUUCAUUCCUCCACUGGAUCUUGUGUCCUCGUGUAAAGGCUUUAAAGAAUCUGUAAAAGCCCCAGCAGAGGAAAUGUGGGAUUCACAUUUGGCUCCUGAAAACCCAGCUGCUGGCACAGCUGACAAGAGGUCCCAGUGACACUUAGAGCUCUGGAACAUCCUGAAAAAUCCCAUAAUUCACGUGUUCCCAGCCUCCCAGAGAUAUCGUCUAACCCUCCAGACCCU